AUGGAUGCAGACUCGACGAUUAGCGUCCUGCGGCCCUCUAUCGACGACACCUCUGGACCGAAUACCCUCGUAUUAUCAGGCCAAUCAAUCUAUUCCGAGAAUGCAGCAUCUAUUCCCCUCUACCAGUUGAACAGGGAAGUAACCUCAACUUCCCAGAAAGGCUCGACCGUCAUUUUUGAACGCGUCGAGUAUGAUGGACCUGGAGAAGCAGAAAGCAUGGCAUCGAUCAAGCAACGGAACCGACAUCUGUUCUAUCUGGUGCACCCAGCAAACGCUCAGUACAGAACAGACCUGCCUGCCUACUACAUCACCUCUGCGUCGCCCGACGUGGUUGGAAAUGUCCAGCUCCAAGCCUCCAAGAGUCUGUUACAGAAAGUCGAGUUCAAAGCAUUUCUGAGCGCCGGAAAGACUUCGUCAUCCGAUAAAUUGUUCAAUGAGGACAGCCAGGAGAUCCUUUUCGAGGUCAAGCCAAAAUGGAAGGGCGGUCAGUAUCAGUGGAUUGACUCUGCAGGCAAGAAAAUUGCCCACGAGGAAGGGAAAGGGGAGCACAAGUUAGUCAUUUCACUCCCAAUUCCACAACAAACCAAAGACGCACUUGUGGCAUUGUGGGCUUUGAAGAUCUGGCAUGAUACUUUAGAGACCAGAGCGGCCAAGAGAGAAGGCAAGUUGAAAUGUGCUAUUCUAAACGAUUGA